AUGUCUUCAUCCCGCUCAUCCGGAAAACGUCUCCCUAUCAGCUGUCAAGCAUGUCGAACUAGAAAGAUCCGCUGCUCACGAGAUGGUCGCCCAUGUCAAACAUGUGUACGACGUGGCCUAGGGGCUGAAGAUUGCGUCUACCUUGGCCAGCCCAGACUAUCAGCAGAUCAUACUGUAACUGGGGAUACAGCAGUCCAGAAUGAGCUUCUCGCUCGAAUUCGAAAUCUGGAAGGGAUGUUGCAGAAGCAGAUGAACACACAGGAUAGUACAAGUGCAAGUGACGAAAUAUCACCCUUCUCUGGCAGCUUCUCGGACUCUGGGUUUGACGGGAUGAACUGGAGUGCGAGCAAUGCAACGAUGGGUAGUAUUGGUAAUCUACAGACGUCACCAUCAGGCCAUGUUCGCUAUGUGCCCAUUGCCUCCCUAUGGGAAUCCGUGGUUGCAACGAGCCCCGCUGCGGAGUGCUUGCGAAACUCAGACUCAGAUGUUACGGACGAUGACGACCUACAUAUUCCCCUACUGCGAGAUGCGACUAUCUCACGUGUGGAUCUCUUAGCACUUCUUCCACCCAGUUCGCAAUGUGAUGCCCUUAAGGAUGUAUACUUCCGGGUCUUCUCGCCCGUCUUUCAUCUGCUGCAUGAAAUGACCUUUGACGCAGAGUAUCAACAAUUUUACCAUGAUCCGGGUAGUGUGUCAUUGGCAUGGUUGGCUUUACUAUUUGCCAUCCUCGCCAUCGGGGUGAGUGCGCUUGACGAUGACGAUCCCCUCCUCCAGGAUCUGGGAAGAGAGAGGACGGUCAGUCGCAAUAUCAAGGUGCUAUCUGCACGUUAUCGAUCAGCUUCGCUCCGCUGCCUUGCAGCUGAUAGUGUGAUGACUCGACACUCUAUCAACUCCUUCCAAACGUUAAUCCUUGUGAGCUACGCACGGCUACAUCGAGGCUUGACAACUUGGACUUUACUCGGGCUCACGCACCAUAUUGCCAUAUCCAUGGGCUGUCAUAUUGAUCCUGAUAGAUUCACACUCGGAUUGAUCGAGCGAGAGGAGCGCCGCAGAGCCUGGGCUUGCUUAAUGAUUCUUUUCAGUAUUCAAAAUACCGCAUUUGGUAGUCUCAACCAGCAAAUGUUCGCACAACAGGUGCGAAUGCCAGCUGACGUGGAUGACAUCGACCUUCUUACUACUCCCUCUCUACCCUAUGCAUCCGACUAUCUUUCCUCAUGUUCACCAACGACGGCGCGACCCACCCAGACGACUUUCAUCCUGUUGAACAUCACCCUCUACAAACUCGCCAGCAAAGUCUGUGAAAACAUCUUCAACCAUAAUCAUCCCGCCCGAACCUCCGUGAUACAACUGGAAGCGGAGAUCAUAGCAUUUCGCGAUAAUUGCGACACACGAUAUCAAUCCAGUAACAACGAACCCCUACCUAUGUACCACCGGGCCAACUUUCAGAUCCUCUACGGCCAAAUCCACCAGCUCCUUCUCCUUCUCUACCGUCCUACUCUAUGCCGCUUUCUACAAGGAGAGAUCACCCCGGAAACAUGCUCGAUACGAUCGAAAUGUAUGGAAUCAGCGAAGGUGUCCCUCAAAGCCUUCCAAACCCUCAACGACUCUCCAGAGUUCGCACAUUACAGAUGGUACGCAAGCGGCCUCGCUUCAUUUCGUGCCUUUCACGCAGCAGUAGUGCUCGCUAUCGGCCUGCUGAACCCAGACAGUCAAGCAGAAUUCGACCGGUCCAAAGAUAUCCUAAAUCACUCACUGGAACUAUUCGCUGCACUCUCUGUCCGCAGUAUGUUUUGUAGCAAGGCCGUCCCCGUAGUGCGACAAAUCAUCGAGGUCACAUCCAGCCAAUAUCAGCAAGCACAACAAGAACAAAAUUUACCAAUGCAAAGUCAAUCCCGUACCUCGUUCGCUGCAGCAAUACCCAUCACCGGUUCUGUACCAGAUGGCUACUCCCUAUCGCAUCAAUCGCUAUCACCUGUACCAACAGCCUCAUCUUCAGCAAGCGACAUAGGCGGCCCAUCACUAUCUUCAAGUUUCGGCAUGCAACUCAAUCCUCAGAAUUGGCUGGUCCCAAAUUCGGUUCCGUGGGAUACAAUAGGGUCCACGAUAGCGACUCAAUACGGAUUUGAGCGAAUGCAGGGAUCUGCGAGCCUAAGUUGA